UGAAAACAGAAAACGUCAGAACUAGUCGACAAGCACUGCUAGGGUCAGCAAACUAGUGCACGUCUCUGAGUUAGAAUCAGUGCUUCGUUGAAUUUUCAUCAAUUCAUCUUUUAUCUAUGCACUUCAAUAAUAGGCAGUUAUGAGCAACGGGAGUAAAGCCAUAGAGCUACAGAUGCAGAUGCGUCAAAAUACGGAAGAUCUCCACAACUUCAUGAGAGAACUCGACAGCUGGGAAUCGGAUAUAAAGAAGAAGGACGAACAACUGCGCUCCGGGGACAGUGGUGAUUCCUCGAAAACCAUACCACCCAUAAGAAAUAAAGAUUUCAAGAAGAAGCGAAGACCAAAAAGUAAAAUUCCAGGGAAGGAGGCCAGCAGUGAAGACAAACAGCCAAGGAUAAAAUCAUACGACUAUAACGCCUGGGAGAAAUUUGACGUGGAUAAAGCUCUGGAGUCAAUGGAGAAGGAGGACUCGCCAGAAGAGUCUAAUGAGUCAGAUGCAGAGGAUGUUACCCCUGAACUGCCACCUCUUAACUUCAAAACUGACCAAGAAGGAGCUUUGGCACAGAAGGAAAAGGGCAACCAGUUUUUCAAAGAAGGAAAGUACGACGAAGCCAUGCAGUGCUACAGCAGAGGCAUGGAUUUAGAUCCGUACAACCCCGUCCUCCCCACCAAUAGAGCCGCAUGCUUCUUCAAGCUCAAAAAGUAUGCUGUGGCUGAGGCAGAUUGCAAUAUGGCCAUCGUUAUGGACAAAAAAUACAUGAAAGCAUUUGCACGAAGAGGUGCAGCCCGCUUUGCCUUGAAGAAAUACCAACUUGCCUUAGAAGAUUACAAGAUGGUUCUCAAUCUGGAUCCGGGCAACCUGGAAGCUGAAAAUGAGCUGAAGAAAGUGAAAGAGGCCUUAGAGCAAGCAGGAGGAUCUCCAAAAGAAGUGGAGACUAAGCCAGAGGCAGAGACAGCGGUGGUGGAAGACCCAGGCGUGCAGAAGAGGCUGGAGGAACAGAAGAGAAAGCAGGAGGCAGUGUUGCACAAGGAUAGGGGAAAUGCAUACUUCAAAGAGGGAAAGUAUGAAGCUGCAGUGGAGUGCUAUAGCAGCGGGAUGGAGGCAGAUGGCACUAAUCUACUUCUCCCAGCCAACCGGGCCAUGGCCUACCUCAAACUGGAGAGGUAUGCCGAAGCAGAGCAGGACUGCAGUAGAGCCAUAGAUUUAGAUGGCACCUACUCCAAAGCCUUCGCCAGGCGCGGAACAGCCAGAGCUGCCCUCGGCAAACUAGCCGAGGCCAAGGAGGAUUUUGAGGAGGUGCUGAAACUGGAGCCAGGCAAUAAACAAGCUGUGAACGAGAUCAACAAGAUCAAGAUGGAUAUAAAUGCGGGAAGAACAUCAACUGGAGCAGACAGCCAGAGACGAGUCAUCCAGCCAAUAAACAAACCACCUCACCUGCUCUCAACCAAACCACUUCGACGGAUUGAGAUCGAGGAAAUUGAAGGAGAUAUCGCUCCUGCUACAGAGGGUUCUCUGAGCAAGGCAGGUGGAUCCACCAUCUCUCUUGAACCUGGCGUUUCUGCAAAGGCUGGUCCCACUGAACACAAGACGGAGGCCCCUGUGAGCAAGGCAGGUGGAUCCAGUAUCUCAGUUAAACCUCAGGUUUCGGUACUGGCUGGUCCCAGUACAAGCAAGUCGCAGGACUCUCUAAGCAAGGCUGGACACACGGAGACCAAGACCCAGGGCUCUCUAAGCAAGUCAGGUGGAGCCGUCUCUCUCGAACCUCUGGCAACUGCAAAGACUGGUCCCAGUGAAAGCAAGGCUGAAGGCAAGGGUUCAGCACUGGACUCUUCCCCCUCGGCCAAAAUACAGAAGAUUGAGGAGCUCCCCGCCUCCAUCUCUCAACCGCCCACCAAGGGGCCUGAGGGUGAUUGCAUUGAGGCCGAGAAGACCAAACAGACGACAACAAGGAAGAAGAAAUCCACAGACGCAACCUCAGCUACAGCCUCAGAGCAGGUCUCGCCAGGUCCGCAGGAGUCUGAUGCCGAUAGCCCCCCUCCCCCUCCGCCUCCGGCCAACAGCUUCCAGUUGGAGGCCGACCUGAGGAAGAUCGGGAAAAAGCCCCAAGUGAUUUACAAGUAUUUAAAGCAAAUUGAGCCAGAGAUGUAUGCCAGAAUUUUCCAGAACUCCUUGGAACCAGAAAUUUUAAAUCAGAUUUUGAAGAUCCUUCAGAAUUACUACAUCAAAAAUGAGAAACCGGAGCUCAUCCUGGCCAUUCUGAAGAAUCUGGCGAGUGUGAGACGAUUUGACAUGGCAGUCAUGUUCAUGUCUUCAAAGGAGAAAAAAGUGAUUCAAGAUUUGUUUGAAGCUGUGCGGCUGGCUGGGCUCAAGGAUGCAUCGGUACAUGACCUGCAGAAGAAGUAUGGAGUAUGACACUAACUCCCGCUGGUCUACAGUAGUUGUGCUAAAGGCAGCUUGCUGCCAGCCUGCAGAAGAGUCUCCUCCUACCUGUGUCAUGUAAAUGUGAACUGAACUGUGCUGCGGCCGCACCCCUGUUCUUGACCCUAACUUGGUGAAUGAAUGCUCAGUGGAGGCAGCAGGGGUGAUGUAAUGUACAGAGGCCAUAAGUUGAGUACACUCAACCUGAAUACAAGCGGGUCAAUAAAGAGAAUGAUUUCUUUUU